AUGUCUUUAUAUUCAAUUCCUACUCAAGCCGGUUCGGCUGCUAUCCCAAUUGUUGCUCCGACUUCAGAAAAAGAAAUUCCUAAGAACGUUCCUUCUAAAUAUUCAACUCAGGAUUCCAAAGCGCGGACUUGUCGAAAUUUGAUUAUACAUGGUUAUUGUAAAUACGAGGGAAAAGGAUGCAAGUUCAAUCACGAUAUUAACAAAUCGACAUCUCCUCCAAACAGUCCUGAAACGGCUAAAUCCAAGUUAAGCGUCAAUUCUCCUGUAUUCAAACCGUCUACUAUCCUUUCGACGAUUUCUCCGGAGGUUGUAAACGCCCCGCCAUUCAUUCCCAAAAACCACCAAUUGAGCGUUGAUGAAACACCAAUCACUCCUCCAAGUGCACCAGGUUCACCACAACAGCAGCUUUUUGAUUCUGGCGAACACGAAUAUGACAAAGAUAUUUCGAUAUUUGACCCUACUAUUGGUUUCUACCCAUCACAGUCAUUAACAUCACCUAAACCCAAGUUUUUAGCAACGCAAUUUUCUGCUCUUGACACAUUGCCGGAUGUGACAACUCAUCAUAUGAAUAGUACAAGUUAUUUCACAAGUUCACAUUAUGUGGAUCCAUUUUUAUAUCAAUCACAGCAAACAUUAAUUCCUCAACCG